AUGGAUACCUCUGCGCCGGGAAAAAAUGAUUCGGGUGCCAUUUCGAUCACUGUCGAGUUCACCGGUGGCCUGGAGAUGUUGUUCUCAAACGAGCGCAAACAUAAUGUCGCAAUUCCCGCGCAAUUAAGCGAUGGCAGUCGGCCAAAUAUUGCCUACCUUCUCCAGUACCUUGUCGAUAAUGUCAUGAAGGAUGAGAGGAAAGAUUUAUUCAUAUUAGAAGACAAUGUACGGCCCGGAAUCCUUGUUUUGAUCAACGACGCCGAUUGGGAACUUGAAGGCGAAGAGAAAUACGAGCUUGAACAAGGAGAUAACAUUGUAUUUGUUUCUACGCUCCAUGGUGGCUAG